CCGGAUAUCCGAUUUCUUCACUAUAAUAUAUAACUUCUAUUCAAUAAUCCAACAUGAACGACUCCUUUGAGUAUGCAAACAUUGUUGAAACCAUGACUAUCAGACACGACUCCAAUGCCGUUGAGGCUCACAAGCCUGCUGUGCAGCCCUCACAGGCGAAACUGUUCACCUUGGAUGAGAUGAUCAAGCGUCGCGCUGUAGAGCUGGGGGAUACGAUCUUGAUGGGUGCGCCGGAGACGGGUGUUGAUGACUUCAAGGAGCAUAGUGCUGUGGAUAUUGAUAGAUAUGCUGAUGCGGCUGUUGCAAGACUUCAAAGCCUGGGUCUUGAGCCCGUGGAUCCCACGCUUGAGAAAGCACCAAUUGUUGGCAUGCUGGGACAAUCAGGAAUUCAUGUCGUUAUUCAGAUCAUUGCCCUCAACAGAUUGGGAUACUCUUCAUUUCUCAUCUCGACACGUCUUGCAAGCCCAGCCAUUACCCAGCUUCUCACUCUAGCGGACUGCAAUGUGAUUCUCACAACACCACCAUUCCACCCUGUUCUAAAGGAAGUUCAACAAAACCGCCAGCUCGAGAUUCUUCCUCUUCUGCAAAGCGCAGACAUCUUUCAUCACAAUGCACCAAGAUUCGUCAGAGACUACAGCCCCGAAGCUGAAUCCCGCAAAGUCGCUGUUAUUAUCCACUCCUCUGGCUCAACAGGUCUCCCCAAGCCAAUCUAUCUCACCAACUCAAGCUGCAUCGGCGCUUUUGCAGUCCACAUGAACAUGCGCGCAUUUCUCACAUCACCAUUCUUUCACAGCCAUGGUUUCUACGAGGUGUUCCGAUCGAUCUAUUCUGGCAAACCAAUCUACUUCACAAACUACGGAUUGCCUUUGACAAGGGAGACUGUCAUGGCGCAGCUCAAGGCUACAAGGCCUGAGAUCUUCCACUGUGUUCCUUACGUUAUCAAAUUGCUUGCUGAGAGUGAUGAGGGUAUUCAUAUGCUAGCUGAUAUGAAACUCGUUCUGUAUGCGGGAAGUGGAUGUCCUGAUGAUCUGGGUGAUCGAUUAGUUGAGCGUGGCGUUAACCUCUGCGGAAACUAUGGAGCCACCGAAACUGGUAGACUUGCAACUUCUGCUCGUCCUGAAGGCGACAAGGCAUGGAACUACAUCCGUGUCCUCCCUCCAGCAGAACCCUACACCAUCUUCGACGAAGUCGCUCCCGGCCUUUUCGAAUGCGUCGCUUUAGAUGGUCUCCCAUCAAAGAGCACUACCAACUCAGACAACCCACCAGGAUCUUUCCGCACACGAGAUCUCUUCACACAACAUCCUACAAGGCCUAACCUUUGGAAAUUCGCCUGUCGUCUCGAUGAUCGCUUCACUCUGAUCAAUGGCGAAAAGGUUCUCCCCAUUCCUAUUGAAGGUCGUAUUCGACAAGAGGAAAUCGUCAAAGAAGCGAUUGUCUUUGGCGAUGGGAGGACAUAUCCUGGUAUUCUGAUCGUCAAGGCUGAUCGUGUGGCUAACAUGCCUGACAAUGAGUUCCUCGAUGCCAUUUGGCCAUCCGUCGAAGACGCCAACUCCCGGGCAGAGUCAUUCUCACGAAUUCCCAAAGAACUGGUCGUCAUCGUGCCAGCUGAUUCAUCUUACCCGCGAACAGAUAAGGGUACUUUCAUCAGAGUCCCUACAUAUCGCCAAUUCGAGAAGGAGAUCGAGGCUGCUUACAACAAAUACGAAGGCCAAGGCGAUGAAGCCGGUUCGCUAACACUUGAAGGUUCAGAGCUAGAAGAUUACCUUCUUCAACAACUCAAGAGCAAGUGCGGUGCAGAUCUCGAAUCCUCUGAAGCAGACUUCUUCGCCUCUGGUGUUGAUAGUCUUCAAUGCAUUCAGAUGUGGAGUCUCAUCAAGCGAGAGAUCGACCUUGGUGGUAGACAAUCCGAACUGGGACAGAACGUCCUUUACGAGACGGGUAACGUCAAGUUACUUGCCCGCCAGCUCGAGAGGUUGAGAAGUGGUGCAGACGAUGAGACACAGGACCAACUGAAGAUCAUGGAGGGUUUAAUCGAAAAGUACUCUUCUUUCGAGCGCCACGUCCCUGGAUCUGCGCCUCAGCCUGAGAAGGAGCUUGUGUUACUCACGGGUGUAACCGGCGCUCUUGGCGCCCAUGCCCUCGCCCAACUCACAGCUCGACCCAACGUUGGAGCAGUAUGGGCCUUAGUCCGAGCAGCCAGCGACACCGCCGCCACCGAAAGACUUUAUAGCUCCCUCCAAGCCCGUGGUCUAUCCCUCGACGAAGAGCAACGAAGCAAAGUCCUCGCUCUGCCCUGCGAUCUCAGCCGUCCGGACCUCGGCCUCAGCGAAUCUCACAUCUCUGAGCUUCGCUCCAAACUCACAACCAUAAUCCACAGCGCCUGGGCAGUCAACUUCAACAUCUCCGUGCAAUCCUUCGAAGACCAACACAUCAAAGCCGUACACAAUCUCAUCCAGCUAAGCCUCUCCGUGCAAAUACCAAAGCCCGCACGAUUCUUCUUCUGCUCUUCAGUUUCGUCAGCGGGAGGAUCACCGCGCCCUGGAAAGGUUCUUGAAGCGCAGGUUCCUUCGCCUGCACAUGCUCAGCACACUGGUUAUGCGAGGUCGAAGUAUGUUGCUGAGCAUAUUACUGGUAAUGCUUGUAAGAAUGCUGGUGCGGUGGCGAGGGUUUUGAGAUUGGGACAGUUGGUUGGUGAUACAAAGGUUGGGGAGUGGAAUACUACUGAGGGAAUUCCUUUGAUGAUUCAGACAGCGGUUACGCUUGGUGCUCUGCCCGCUUUGAACGAGGAAAUGACCUGGUUGCCCGUUGAUCUCGCUGCUUCAACGAUUCUCGACCUUGCCAAACUCGGCCCACAAUCACCCUCAGACCGCUCUUCCGACCCCGAUCUCGUCUAUCACAUCCUCAACCCCGUGCGCUUCCACUGGGCGAACGACAUGCUUCCCUCCAUGACAAAAGCCGGCUUCAAGUUCGAGACCCUCCCUACAGAUCAAUGGAUGGACCGUCUUCGCAACUCGGAGCGCGACCCCGCCAAGAACCCUCCUAUCAAGCUACUAGAUUGGUUCGAGGGUAAGUAUGGCAAUAAGGCUGCUUCGUCAGCGGAGAAGGGGCCACUGGAUUAUCUUACGGAUAAGUCGAGGGAGGAUAGCGAGACGUUGAGAAAUGUGCCGGAUGUCACGAAUGUUGAGUAUGUUAAGAUGAUGCUUGGAAGGUUGCAGGCACGCUGGGCAGAGAAGGUUUGAGUGCAGCGUUGAAAUUCAUUUGAUCGUUAAGUGCUAUGCAGGUUCAUGCUUCUAAAAGGCUACUUCUAAGUUCGAAAAUGCAAGUGCGUGAGUGAUUCGAUAUGUCGCUGUCAAGUGUAUGCAUCCUCCUCUAUGAGCCGUUGUCUUUUCAAACGCUGUGCUCCUCAAUCUUCGUGAUUUUCCUCAUCCUCCGUCUGAACCUGCUGCUCCGACAGCCUCGGAUUUCUUAAUGCCAAGGCAAAGAUUAUCAUGGGUAUACAAACGCAAAUUCCGGCGAUACAAAGAAGUCUCUGUACGGAACUGUAGCUGCUGAUAAUCGCGUCUCGAAUGGCCGUUCCGACUGGGUAAUCUGGUAUCACGGCAAAAGGCGAGUUGUAAAUUCUCUUGGCAAGGGUUUCAUCGGGUUGGAAAUCUAGGUUAUGCUUCAGAGCUUUGUAAAGAGUUUGAGUCCAGAUAGCGCCUGAAAGACAUGUACCUAGGGCGCUUCCGACAUUGUAGAAUGAGAGGUAGAGACCUGUGAGAAUGGCCACGUGCUCUCGAGUUGCCGAGGCUUGGAUAGAUGCUUGAGUUGGAUAAGCGAAGAACCCGCCCGCCACUCCGAGAAGAAUCUGCGCCGCGAUGAUUCCGUCUUGGGAAGAUGUCGAAGCUCCACCAGGGUAUAAGAUUAAAACGCCAAAUGCGACCAUGAAGAGCAGUGUGCCUCCAACAAUGAUAAACUUGAGUCGACGGAUCUUAAAAAUGACUAGACCAGCUAGAACUCCAGUGAUGACUCCAAAGAAUGAGAAGAAUGAAAUGAUACGGGUUGCGUUCUCGAUAGAAAAGUCAAAGGCGACAAUGAGGAUCGUGUAAAGGUAGUUUCCUUGCGUGCACCAUGCUAGGUUAAGAAGACUUCGAACUGCCAGGGCCGACCAGACGCCUCUAUCGCGAAGCAGAUGGAAUGGGAUGAGAGGAUGACGAGCACCGCGUUGUUCCCAAGUGAUGAAAGCGAUCAUGAAACAGAAGCCUAGGACCAGAGGGAGGAUGAUGUACCAACUGCGCCAGUGGCUAGCGGUACCGCCAGCGACGGUUAAAGGGGCUAGAAUGAGCGAGAAGGCGAGGACAAGAAGGACAAGGCCGACAAUAUCGAGUUGGUGAAAGAGAUCUGCCCUGCCCUUCUUGGUCUUGAGAGAAACCAAGACAAUCUCAUCGCUCUCCUUUCCGCUUUCAGACUCCCAGGUUUUCCUCUCAAGAAAGUAGAGGCAGGAUAGGAGAGGCAGUGAGGCAAUGGGGUAGAUGAUAGCCCACAUUCCAAGGCCCCAUCUCCAAGUCGUCGUGCUCAAUACCGCAGAAGUGAUGUUUCCGCUGAUCCAGGUGUUGAUGAGGAAUGGGAUUGCUGGGAGAUAGCUGAAAAAGACGCGCGCUCGCAUAGAUGAGAAGUCUGCGAUGAGAACUUCCAAAAGCAGGACUAUGCAUGUAUAUCCCGUUUGGUAAAUCACCGAUCCGGUGCAGAAGAUCUCGACUGAUGGCGCAGUUGACUCGAUCGCGAUUCCGAGGGUAUAAAGAACUGUUGAAAUGGCAAUGACCUCGAACCUGCCGAAGACAUCUGCCACCUUGGCCGCUGUAGGUUGAACUGCCACCGCGAUAACAUUGCGCAAGACAUUGAUCGUGGAAAGAUACGAAUGCAGAUCAAAACUCGACGUUGCAUAAGACUGAUACGCCAAACGAACCUGACUCUCUAAACCAUACGCAUACCCGACGAGGAAAAUACCCGUAAAGAGCCAAAUCCGAUGUGCGCGGGUGAGGUUUUUGGAGACAACAGCCAUGCGCGCCACGCCCGCUGAAAGUCUCUUAGGAUUAGCAGGCCUCGCGGCAUUUUGUGAUAAGUCACUUGAGCUUGGUUCUGGAGCGCCGAGAAGCGGCGCUGUUUCUGAGGACAUUUUCUGGUGGUGAUGAGGAGGGGAGAGUGAAGAAUUUUGAAACAAGCUGAGGUUCAGGCAGC